CUCGAGCAUCCUGUCGUUUUUAAAGCCGCACCUCAUAUAGAAACGCUCAGGGAUGGCAGGAAGUCCUGAUCACGAACAAGGAGAUGGAGGCCCUCAGAACACAAUCAUUCGCCUUCAAAGCUACUUACACGGAGGAACCUCCAGCUUCAUGUCAGCGGUCCCCACCGUAUUCGUUUUUCCCGUCUACAAGACCAUUUUCCGUCAACAGAUCCACAACGCCUCAGUGCACCAGGCGGUGGGACAGCUCUAUAAAGAGGGUCUUCUAAAGCUCUAUAGGGGCGUGGCUCCACCACUCCUGAUGAGGACUCUGAAUGGCACGCUUCUCUUCGGCCUGCAGGACACACUCCUCCGUCAUCUUUCACUGUCAACCACCACUUCGGCCGCUGCCCUACCUGCUCUGGCUGGAUUUGGGGCAGGUGUUGUGGAAGCUGUGGUCUUCACCCCAUUCGAGCGAGUUCAGAAUGUGCUGCAGAACGGCCACAAUGACAAGCAUCUACCAUCCUUGAGGAGUGUUCUCAUGAAGUUGAAGGUAGAAAGGAUUAGCCAGGGCUAUUACAGAGCCUUCCUGCCCAUCGCAGCCCGUAACGCCCUCGGCAGCUCCCUGUAUUUUGGCCUGAAGGGGCCUGUGUGUGUUGUUGUGGAGGGACAGGGACUCUCUCCCAUGGCCUCCUCAUUCGUCUCAGGAACGCUGACCUCUAUGGUAAUCAGUUUGACUCUGUACCCUCUGUCUGUGCUGGUAGCAAACAUGCAAGCACAGGUGGGAGGAGAGGUUAAGGGUGUCAUUGAAUGUUGGAGGCAGCUGUGGAAAUCUCGGAAUCACAGCUUGGUUCCGUUGUAUCGAGGAGGGACCCUUGUCAUCCUACGGUCAUGCAUUACUUGGGGAAUCACCACAGCUAUUUACGACAGACAACAGAAAGGGUCCUGAACGUGGAUGCUGAAAGUUAUUCUGCAUCAACCCUGCUUCUCAUUAAGUGCAAACUUGGUAAAAUGCUUUGUUCUUCUGAUUUAGUAGAUUUUUUAAGCCUAGGCCUUUCUUACAGAAGAAAUUCUGAUUCGUCAGAGUAAAACUCAGGUGUUCCAUUUCUCAGUUAAAUUACUGAUUACUGUCUCAGGACUGUGUUAGAGCCGUUAUUUGCAAGAAAGCUGAUGAUUGUUUUCAGAGGAAGCUGAGGUUGGAGGAAGUGCAAUUCCUUUGUGCAACUUUUACAGAGAACUGAAUGUUGAAAGUAUUUCUCAACAAAAUGAUUCUUGGAUAGAAAAAAUCUAAUAGUGAAUGUUAUUUCGAUUGCAAGUGAAACAACAGGCCCUUGCAAUUGAAAUGAAUUUUAUUUUACUGCGUUUUUUUUUUUUAAGACUUGCUUUAGUUUUCUGGAGUUACUCUGACUGGAAAUGCUAAGUGUCUUGUUCAAGAUACCUGUUUAUUGGUGGAGCACCACCUCCUAGAUCCAGUUCCUGUGUAAAUAAGCAUCAGUUUCCUUGUAUUUAACCACCCAAUAAAAACAUGGUUGAUGAAACAUAGACAUUUUUUUAAUGUAAAGUUCUUUUUUAGGCUUUUUUGUCAUUGGAGUUCUAAAACAUUAAACAUUGUAUUUAUUUUUGGAUGAACAUGGCUCCAACCUCUGGGACCAAUUAAUCUUGAUUUGUAAUGAAUGAAUGAAAUACAAAUAAAAUGAUGUUCUGCAUGUCAAAUAUGAACUGCUCAUAACAACCUAACUUAAAAAUACUGACUGAUCUCUUUAAAUCAUUGUAGCACACCUGCCUUGAUGAAAACAGCAUGCUGCCUAUUUUAUGUACAAUAAUGCAAACUAAUAUCGCUACUGCCAAGAGGCUUUGGUGAAUAUUUCUCAUGUUCCUCAAGUUUUAAGUCGAUUAUGGUGCUAGUUAAAAGAAACUGCCUUAUUGAUUUCUAUGGGAAUUUGUGCUCACUGCAAUGCUGUCACAUAUUUGUGAAAGAUAUAGUCUGACAUUUUUACUAAUAGAAUGGUUAGCUUGAGAACACAGUCUUUAUUGAACAAAUAUGAUCAGAUAACCAUGCAGUCACUUAACUUCAAAUGUACAACAAACAACUUCCGAUUUAAGAAAAAUUGGCACAUACAGGGAAUAGAAGAUCAGUGAAAAAUGAAUCAACAGUUUACCUUAAACUGCAUGUUGACUGAACAUCAGUUAAGACGAUGUUACAUGCACUGCAAUAUCAAGACACUUAUAUUCACUAUCCUGCAAGUCAUGUUAUUGUUGUUGGUAUGAGGUUUGUUAAACAAGGUAGCAGCUUAAGACGUGUUUUACAGGCAUCCAGAAAAAAACAACGGUAAAUCAUAAUGUUGUAAACCAACUGUGUAAACCGGAAGACAAUAACUAAUUAUUGUCUUCCGGAUUGUCAAUUUAAAUUAUUAUUUUUUAUUUAUUUUGUACCAAUGGUUGUUGGUGACUUUUUAGGUGCUGAAAACCA